AUGUACUCACUCUCUCAUACUUUAGGUAUCAAAAAAUUAGCUGUUGAGGAAAAUAACAGCCUUUGUGUUGAUUACAAUAUGGCAGUAGAUGCUGCAAAGCAGAAACCGCGAUUUGGUGUUUGUCCAAAACUGCCGGUUUUCAAAAGUAUUAGUAUUAUGAAUCGUUGCAUCCCCGAAGAUCUCAUUACUUUCGGUAAAGAUCUACUUCAAAAGGUGGUUGAACUAGACUGGAUUCGCGGAUAUCUCCAUGACUUGGUUGAUUCCUCUCCUUUUCUACUCCAAAUGUGUUUGGUGGCAUUAGUUCUCGCUUUGUUCUCGAUAGCCUUAUUAAGGUUCUUUGCUGCAGUUAUCGUUUAUUUCGUAUACUUGGCAGUCGCUCUUUUGGCUAUAGGAUUCUCCGGAACUGCAUGGUAUGUGUUCUGGAAGGCAUACAGGAAGUCGCUCACGCCGAGAAGCAAUGAUACCGUUACCGAAGUCAUCGCACCUACUUUGACUCCUACAGCAAAACCUCGUCAUAUCACUGCGGCUGUAUUCAUUGUCACUGCGGUGUGGUGUGUUCUACCGCGAGGCAAGAAAAUGAUUCGGCUUUUCAAAGGAGCAUCAAGGGCACUGUCGGCAAUGCCAUCUCUGUUAUUGCAACCUUUAAUCAAUGCUGCGCUCGUUCUAAUGGUUGCUGUCUAUACAUUGAGUGUGGUACUUGUGCUCUUUACCUCAGGUAGUCAUACGCUAAUCUUGAAUUCUGUUUUCGUUUGAGA